CUGGUAAAAAGAUCCAAAUGUCCAAACCGACACUCUUUCUUUACUUCUUCAAAGACACACUUGGUAUUGUAUCGCAUCUAGUUUUCUUCUUUUGGAUUCGAUUUCUUCCGACUGGAAAAAUCUCAAAGUUUUCUCAUCAAUUCUUGAUUCAUUUCUUCAAUUCAAAUUAAGCUUAAUUCGAAAUAUCCCUCCAAUAGUAAAACCCUAAUUAUCAGUAUUUCAAAUACAGGAAUUGAAACUGAAGGUUCUUACUUCCAUUUCUAGGGUUUUCAAGCUUGAAUCGUCUAUUAAAGAUCGAAUAUUUCUGCAAUUAGAGGUUUAUUCUAUUGAUUUCAAUGGAGGUGACAGUUGGGCAUUGUGAACAAAUAGAGUCAAUUGAUUUGAACAAUAGUGAUGGCGAAGAAACACCAUUACAUGUGUUUGAAAUGGAAACUUUGGAUUCCGAUAGACGCAGAAGUUUUUGUAUUGAUCAACAAUUUGAUUCAAUGGAUGCAUUAGAGAUCUUAAGGGAAGCUGUAAGAAUACUUAGAUACGAUAAUUCGGCUUUCAUGUUGAUAUUAUUUCUACUCAUUUGUCCUUUAUCUGCAAUAUCUUUGUCUAAUUUAUUGCUAGAUCAAUCUUUGGCGAAGAGUCUAAGUACUAAGCUUAUGUUAGUAGGGCAGUCAAGCGGACUGCCUAUGAAGCCUCUUAUUAAAAAGUUGUGCAUAAGCUUAUCCGAAAUGACUGUUUCUUUCACAUUUAUGUUGCCGUUUUAUAUCACAUUUUCACUACUAUCAAAAGCAUCAACUGUUUAUGCUGUUGAUUGCACUUAUCUGAGAACACACUUUCACAACUCCAAGUUCUUUGCUGUCAUCGGUAAGAUCUGGAAACGUCUUUUAUGGACGUAUUUAUCGGUAUGUAUGCUUAUAAUUAGCUGCAUUGCCUUGUUUCUUGUUUUUGUUAUCGGGAUCUGCAAUGUGUUCUCAUACCUAGGCUUUCCACCUCAUAUGAUUACUUAUCCAUUUGUAGUGGUGGGAUUGGUGUUUGUUGUUAUAUUCGCCAACUCUAUUAUUGUAUGCAAACUUUCAAUUGUGAUCUCUAUCUUGGAAGAUAUAUCGGGUAGACGGGCUAUUCUUAAAUCGAGUUCCCUGAUUCAAGGACAGAUUCAAGUUGGUCUUCUGAUAUCUUUCGGGUCCAUGAUUGGAAUGGCGUUUGUGGAAGGGUUGUAUGAUCAUAGAGUUAAUACAGUGAGCUAUGGAGAUGGGUCUUCUAGGUUAUGGGAAGGGCCGCUGUUAGUGUUUAUGUAUUCAUUUAUUGUUCUGAUCGACCACAUCAUGAGUGCAGUUUUCUACUUCAUAUGCAAGUCUUCAUCUAGUAUGGAAACCUCAGAAAAGGAAGAUCAAGCACUCGUAGCAACAAUGAUUCCUUCAGCUUGAUAAGUGAAUAUUUCGCUUAUUAUACUCCCACUUCUGAUUCCUAUCUCCCGGAAUGAUAAUCAGACACCAGAUUUGGUUUUAACUGCAGAAGCUUGCAGUGUACAAAACCUUUGUAUUCAGUUCUAUGCUGAAGUUCUUUUAUGGCAUCUGGAUUCAACUAGGUUUUGUUACUUUGAGGUGUUAUGAAAUGUUCAUCCAUGUAUUUUACCUUUGUAAAACAACUUAUGUUUAAGAGCCGUAGUGAGAAUAAAACUGAAGUGUUCCUUCUUGCUGUGAUUGGGCAGAGGCCGCAGAGCCCAUUGCCUAGAGCCUCAAAUUGUUGGGCCCAAAAUAUUUCAUUUCCUAUAUCCCAACUAAUGUUUUAUACUCUCCUUUUAAA